CUCCGGCGCGCAGUCUGGUCGGUUGCGCGUUUGCCGUUUAUUUUUUUUCGCACGUAUUGUCGCGCGUUCGUCGUAUCGUUGUGUUAUCAGUCGUUUAAUAUAAUAUUACACUAUUUUUCGAUAGUCGUUAUCAGUGAUAUCAUUACCGAACGAACAGACAGAGGACUGAUCCGGCCCGGUCGGCCGUUGACGUUAUCGCAUACAUCUUUAUAACACGCUCGAAACUAUAUUAUUGUCAGUCGUAUCGGCGCGCACAGAUGACUACUAUUGCCACGCACGAGUCGUCGAUACCCUUUUGACACAAUAACAGAACGUCGUGAAAGAAGACCACUGUCGUGCGAGUAUCUACACAUACUCAUCACUUUGUCAACUAGACGCGACAACUGUCGCCCGGCUAAGUUACCACCACCGCCGUGACCAUAAUCAUCAUGCCCGCCGUAAUAUCAAAAUACCUGGACGGACGAAUCAUCCGACGGGACAACGUAAGCAAAGGAGUGCUGGCAGCGGCCGUGCUGCUGUACGGCUGUAAGAUUGGUUACCCCAUCGUGUUGAAGGUGUGCGGUGGCAAUGGCGGCGCCGACGGUGGUAAGGACGAGAAAGGACCCGAUGGCGGAUCGCGGCGACCGUCGGGCGAGUCCAACGACAACAACAACACAAAGGGGUCAACGGCGAUCACCUCCGUGGCCGUAAUCGGCGGUGGAAAGAGAUCGGCGACCGGAAAGAGAACGAGAGCCGCCGGACCGGGCAUCAACCGCGAGUUCCUGGUCCAGCUUAAGAAACUGCUCCGGCUCAUGGUGCCCGGCCUUUGGACGCCCGAGGUGGGCUUGCUGUCCAUGCACACGAUAGCCCUGAUAUGCCGCACGUUCAUGUCCAUAUUCGUGGCCACCAUGGAAGGCAGAAUGGUCAAAUUCAUCGUCCGCCGGGACGUACCCAACUUUGGGUGGAUGCUGUUUAAGUGGCUGUUGUGUGCCUUACCCGCCACGUUCCUCAACUCCAUGAUCCGGUAUUUGGAAUGCAAACUCGCUCUGGCUUUCAGGACUCGACUUGUCAACCACGCGUACGGUAUGUACUUCAAGGACCAAACUUACUAUAGGGUAAGCAACAUGGACGGCCGGAUCGAGAAUGCAGACCACCGGCUAACGGACGACAUCACGGCGUUCACGUCGUCCGUGGCUCACCUGUACUCGCACUUGACCAAGCCGCUGUUCGACUGUGCUCUGAUCGCGCUCACCUUGGCCAGGAGCAGCAAGCAAAUGGGCGCCGCCGUCGUGCCAGGACCCUUAUUGGCCAUCGUUGUCAUCAGCAUCACCGGACAGAUACUGCGAAUGCUGUCACCAAAAUUCGGUUCCUUAGUUGCAGUGGAGGCAGACAGGAAGGCUUACCUCCGUCACAUCCAUUCCAGGGUUAUCACGAAUGCCGAAGAGAUCGCGUUCUAUGGUGGUCACAAGGUGGAAAUGAUACAUUUACAAAACGCUUAUCAGUCGUUGGUCCGACAUAUGAACGCAAUUUUCUCACAAAGACUGUGGUACGUCGUCCUAGAACAGUUCCUCAUGAAAUACGUAUGGAGCGGAACCGGAAUGGUAGUCGUGUCGUUACCGAUUAUAACUAGCUCAAGAGUAGCAGAGCUCAACGAUUCUCCAGACGGAGGAGUGAGCGAGCGAACUCAAUACUUGACCACGGCAAGAAAUCUGCUUGCUUCAGGAGCCGAUGCCGUAGAGAGAUUAAUGACUUCGUAUAAGGAAAUUGUCGAGCUCGCUGGCUACACGUACAGGGUAGGAGCUAUGCUUGAUGUGUUCAACGACGUCAGCAAGUGUAAAUACCGUCGAAAUGGAUUGACCAACGGAAAAGUGCACAAGACGUUACCAAAAUUGCACUACAACAAAGACGGGCAACUCGUGAUCAGAGGGGUCGUGAAAAACAGUCCGGACGGCAGCAUAUCACUGUUCGACGUUCCCAUAGUGACGCCUAACAGCGACGUUGUCGUGUCCAGUCUAACGAUGACGAUGAAACCUGGCGAACACCUGCUGAUCACCGGCCCCAACGGAUGCGGUAAAUCGUCUCUGUUCAGGGUCCUAAGUGGACUGUGGCCUGUCUAUGCCGGCACGCUAAUCAGGCCGCCAAACUGUUGCAUGUUUUACAUACCACAAAGGCCGUACAUGACAAUAGGAAGUUUGAAAGAACAAGUAAUUUACCCAGACACUCUUUCGGACAUGCUGACCAAAGGUAUUACCGAACAAGACUUGGAGGCGUGCCUGGCCCAAGUCCACCUAUCCCAUUUGGUACAGAGAGAAGGCGGUUGGGACGCCACUGCCGACUGGAAAGAUGUUCUAUCCGGUGGCGAAAAACAAAGGAUGGCUUUUGCCAGAAUCUUUUACCACAAACCAUCAUUUGCCCUUCUGGAUGAGUGCACCAGUGCCGUGAGUAUAGACGUCGAGAGUGACAUGUACCAGUCGGCCAAGGACUCAGGCAUUACACUGCUCACCAUCACCCACAGGCCGUCCCUAUGGAAAUUCCAUUCGCACAUAUUGCAUUUUGACGGCGAAGGCGGGUGGAAACUUACAACACUAGGGCAAAAAGAAAAAGAUACCGGAAUAUUAGCGAUUGAACAACCGAAAGAUAAAUUAGUGAAUGGAAUUUCUUAGUGUAAAAAUCAAAAACUUUGAAAACAUAUCUUGCCAACCUUUAAAUUUUAAUGAAAACCAUGUGAUUAUUAAUUUAAUGAUUUAUAAGAUUAAUUAUUUUUUAAAUGUAUAUCUAUAUACCGAUCUGCGUAGGUACAUGUUUUUUCUUCUUCAAUUUGUAUGAUUUUAAACUGGAGAACAGAAUAAUAUGUAUUUAAAUAUUAUUAUGUAUUGAAUAUAAAUAAGGAUAACGUUUUUUAUAUAA